AUGGGAUCCGAACUUGGGGUCACUGCCGCAUCCACGCCCCAGCCAGCCUAUACUGCGGUCAGUAUAUGGUGGGCCUGCUGGGCGGGCACCUGGACAGUUAUUGUUGCGUCUGGCGUGGCCUAUCUCAUCGCCCAUCGCAACACGCCUCCCCUCCUGCUGCGGGGCCUCGGGCUGUCGCUAUCCGCCGUUGUUGUGCUUCAUGUAUAUUGGGCUUCCGUGCAGUUCGGAACCAUGAUUGGCACCAUCAUGCCCGGAGAUGCCGAGUACUGGAUCAUGGGCACCUAUCUACCGUGUGGCAUUGCCCUGUUCCACGCGUCGAACAGUCGCUUCUACCACGUGGCAAAGCUUCAGGAGGACUAUGUCAUUCGUAGUUGUGGCGGGAUUGAUUUAUCCUCCACCUCGAGGGGCAAGCUCGGUGCCGUAGACCGGUUUCGUCGCCUUGCAUACACUACCAAGAUCCUUGUGCUUGUUACGGUGGCGUCGCUCGUUCAGGUAAAACGGCCACCGCCUACCCCUAUUGAUUAUCGUAUCGGUGUCUAA